AUGGUCACUCGACCCCUCAUGUCGCUCCACCGCCGACGUUCCCAUGUUGUCAUCACUCCCACCAUGAAAGCCCACAUUGACCACCUCGUCCUCGCAGCGCCGACACUCGACAAGGGCGUCGAAUACGUUGAGAAACUGUUUGGCGUCAAGCUUCCUCGCGAACAGGGCUGCGCACACGAGGGCAAAGGCACGCACAACGUGGUUGUCUCCCUUGGUGAUGAUGUCUACCUCGAGAUCUUGGCUCUAGAUCCCAACGCGAAGGAGCGCAACGACCCGCGCUGGACGUGGCUCGACAAUAAGCCAAACGAUUUCCAGCCGACCCUCGAGACCUGGGCCGUGCGGUGCAAGGACGUGCGUGCCGCGCUCGAGGAGACGGACAUCAAGCCGGGCAAAGUGGUCGAGAUGCAGCGCGGCGACAUGAAGUGGCUCAUCACGAUUGCCGACGACGGAAGCCUAAAGCCAGCAGCCGACGGAGCGUUCCCCUUCAUGAUCCAGUGGGAGAAUGACUCUCCGCACCCUGUCGGGAGCAAGCUCAAGGAUUCGGGGCUCCACCUAAAGACGCUCCAGGUCCGCUCACUCGACUAUCAAGACAUCAUCUCGUGUCUGCACGGCAUUGGCCUGCACGACCAUCGCCUGCGCGUGUCGCUCGGCGAGGGCCCUCGCCUCGUUGCAACCAUCACGACGCCGGACGGCGAGCGCACCCUUGAGACGCACCACUAG